AUGAAAGGCAGGAAAAGCGUGUGCACCCAGACAGACUCGACCCACCAACACAUAGGAGUCCUGGCUACUGGCUGCAGGGAGUGCUGGAGCCUCUCACUUGCUGUAGAAGGAGAAGGGGAGAACAAUUGCACCAGGUGUGAGCAGGUGAACUUCCUUUUCACCUUGGUUGCAGAAUUGAAAGAUGAGGUGGCUGAGCUGAAGGACGAAGUAUCCAGGCUUAGGUCGAUAAGGGAGAACGAAAGGGAGCUGGAUCUGUGGGAGCAGGCACUGCAGAUCGCCCCUGAUAAGGGAACUGCCCCUGACUCCCCCUCCCGGCAUGCCCCGCGCAGCCCCGGGGCCAGCAGCUCCCCGACCCCGGCUCUCAGCACGCCCCGGGGCCCGCCCAGGCCCUUCCCCGCUCCGCUGCCGCCGCCCCCAGCGCUCCGCGGCCCCCUCAGCCCCCUCCCGCCCCGCCGCAGCUCCCGACCCGCAGCUGCCGCUGGGCGCCAGCAGCUCCGGCACUGCUGCCGCGGUCAGCAGCUGCUGCCGGCAAAGAUGGCGGCCGCGGGCGGCAGUGGCAGUGCCUCGUUGUGCCUCGGGGGCGGAGCUGCCGCGCUCUGGGCGGCGCUGAUUGGCUGCGGCUGCCCGGCUGGGGGCGGGACUUCCGCUCCGGCCCGCGCUCCGCUCCCGCCCCUGGCGCACGUGGCUGCGGCAGCGGCAGAGCAGAGAUCUGCGCCGCAGGCUCUGAGCUCCCCAGGCCGGCAGGAGCCUGCCGGGGCCGGCGCUCGGCACCGUCCUGUGCGCGGAGCUCUGCCUCGGCCUCCGCUCUGCGCCCCCCGCGUGUGCCAGGCAGCGACGGGGCGCUUGGAGCGGGGGCAGAGGUGGAACUGCCGGCAACAACCGGUGCGGCCAGAAGUGACUGAGAAGCCACGAUUGCAGUGUUUCUUUCGGGUUUCAUGUCUAGUAACACACAGAGCACAUCCCGCCAGGCACUUGGGUCCCAAGUCCUUACCUGAAGGCACAGGGGUGCCCCCCCCCCCCAGCAGCAUGGCUGCCCAGAAGGGCACAGAUGAAAUCCUGGAGGAGAAUCAUUUGAACAAUAAUUUGGAGGAGCCAAAGCACAGCCUUGAGGAAGAAGGUAAUGAAGACAUAGAUCAGGAGGCCAUGGAGGAUGAACUACAUGAGGAGGAGGAUGACAGUGAGUAUGAGGAAGAUGAAGAGGAUGAUGUGGAAGAAGAGGAGAAUGAAGUGGAGGAGGAGGAUGAAGAAGAGGUGGAGGAUACAGAGGAGGAGUGCAGAGCCACAUCUGCCCCCUCUGUGCCACUGGAGCAGCCAACUCAGUGCCCCAAGUGUGGGCAGAGCUUCCCACCCAGCUUGGAGACGGCGAAGUCUCACUGCCCCCAUCCCAGUGCCCAGCCCUUUGUCUGUGGUGACUGUGGGCACAGCUUCAGCCUCAGGUCCAUGUUCACCCAGCACCACAAGGUCCACAGCAGGAAGCAGCUGUACACCUGUGGUGGCUGCAGCAAGAGCUUCACUCGCAGCCUGACCCUCAUCGCCCACUGGCACAGCCACACCGGGAAGAAGCCCUUUGCCUGCAGCGAGUGCAGCAAGAGCUUCCGGCACAGCUUGUGUUUCCUCCAGCACCGCCGUGUCCACACCGGUGAGAGGCCUCAUGCCUGCAGUGACUGUGGCAAGAGUUUCCAGGGGGACUCGAUGCUCACUGCUCACUGGCAGGUCCAUGCUGGUGAGAAGCCCUUCAGCUGCAGCGAGUGCGGCAAGAGCUUCAGCGUCAGCUGCCACCUGUUCCGGCACCGCCGUGCCCACACCGGUGAGAAGCCGUACCGCUGUGCCGGCUGUGGCAAGAGCUUCUGUUGGAGCAAGACCCUCAUCGCCCACUGGCGUGUGCACACUGGCAAGAAGCUGUUUGCCUGCACCAACUGUGACAAGACCUUCAGCCACAUCUCUCACUUCCUCCAGCACUGCCAUGUCCACGCCAGUGAGCGGUUGUGCAACUGCAGUGAUAGCAGCAAGAGCCUCAGUGGCAGCUCUGACCGCAGCCAGCAGCUCUGCAACCACUUCUCUGAGGGCCAUGGGCUGUGCAGCAGUGAGGAGAAGCUGCCAGAUCCUGAGGUCAUCACCAGCAGCUGUAAAAAGUGCCUGCAGAGCUUCAGCAACCAUUCAGCCUUGGUGCAGCACAGGCGGACCCACAGGGGUGAGAGGCCACAUGGCUGUGCUGACUGUGGCAAGGGCUGCAGCUCCAAAUUCAGUCUCACCCAGAACCACCAAACCAGAACUAGGGAAAAGCCAUUCCAGUGUGCUGACUGUGGCAAGAGCUUCACCCGCAGGUUCAACUUAGCCCAGCACCGCCAUGUGCACACUGGUGAACGGUCUCAUGUCUGUGGUGACUGUGGUAAGAGCUUCACCUGUAGGUUCACCUUAGCCCGUCACCGCCGUGUGCACACAGGUGAGAGGCCUCAUGUCUGUGGUGACUGUGGUAAGAGCUUCACCUGCAGGUUCACCUUAGCCCAUCACCACCGUGUGCACACAGGACUGGAACUGCUGGUGACAUCCUUGUCCUGUGCCUCUCCAGCAGCAUGAGGAUCAUCCCUGGAUGACCGCACCUGAUCCCCUGGGAGCCCUGGCCCAUGUCUCUGCCAUGAUAAUAAACUCCCUCAGCAAA